UCCGGCGGCGAACCGUCUCGGCUGCCGCCUGCUUCCCUGCGCUCCGGCACCGUCCAUCAUGGGGCAGGAGCCGCGGACCCUGCCGCCCUCCCCCAACUGGUACUGCUCCCGCUGCAGCGACGCGGUGCCCGGGGGCCUCUUCGGCUUUGCCGCACGAACCUCGAUCUUCCUCGUCCGUGUGGGCCCCGGCGCGGGCGCGAGCGCUGGGACGCCCCCUUUUCGAGUUGUAGGAGAGCUGGUGGGACACACCGAAAGGAUCUCUGGCUUCACAUUUUCUCAUCAUCCUGGCCAAUACCACCUCUGCGCCAGCAGCUCCGAUGAUGGCACCGUGAAAAUCUGGGAUGUGGAGACAAAAGCAGUUGUGACAGAACAUGCACUCCAUCAGCAUACAAUCUCAGCAUUGCACUGGUCUCCUCGAGUAAAGGACUUAAUAGUGUCUGGGGAUGAAAAGGGAGUAGUUUAUUGUUACUGGCUCAACAGGAAUGACAGCCAGCACCUCUUUAUAGAACCCAGAACAAUCUUCUGUCUUACUUGUUCGCCUCAUCAUGAUGAUUUAGUAGCCAUUGGUUACAAGGAUGGAAUAGUGGUCAUAAUGGACAUCAGUAAGAAAGGAGAAGUGAUUCACAGGCUGCGAGGCCAUGACGACGAGAUCCACUGCAUAGCCUGGUGUCCUGUGCCUGGUGAAGACUGUUUAUCCCUGGACCAAGAGGAAAAUUCAGAAGAGCCUGAAAUUCUCAAUGGGAAAGUUACAGCACACACUCCACAGUCAAAGGGCUGCUACUUGGCCACUGGAAGCAAAGAUCACACCAUUCGGAUCUGGAGCUGCUCGAGGGGCAGAGGGGUAAUGAUUUUGAAAUUGCCCUUUCUGAAGAGGAGAGGCGGGGGAAUAGACCCAACUGUUAAGGAGCGCUUGUGGUUGACCCUCCAUUGGCCCAGUAAUCAGCCCACACAGCUGGUAUCCAGUAGUUUUGGAGGUGAGCUGCUGCUUUGGGAUCUCACCCAGUCUUGGAGACGGAGAUACACCCUCUUUAGCACGUCAUCAGAAGGGCAGAACCACUCAAGAAUCGUGUUCAAUUUAUGUCCUUUACAAACAGAGGAUGACAGACAGCUGCUGCUUUCCACAUCCAUGGACAGAGAUGUAAAAUGUUGGGACAUGGCCACUCUGGAGUGUAGCUGGACCCUGCCCUCCCUUGGUGGAUUUGCCUACAGUCUGGCCUUCUCCCCUGUGGACACGGGCUGUUUGGCCAUAGGUGUUGGGGAUGGCAUGAUCCGCACAUGGAAUACACUCUCCAUUAAGAACAAUUAUGAUGUGAAAAAUUUUUGGCAAGGUGUCAAGUCUAAGGUUACAUCGCUAUGCUGGCACCCAAACAAGGAAGGCUGCUUAGCUUUUGGAACAGAUGAUGGAAAAGUGGGAUUAUAUGACACUUACUCCAACAAACCUCCACAGAUUUCUAGCACAUAUCAUAAGAAGACCGUGUACACCCUGGCCUGGGGGCCACCAGUACCCUCUGUGUCGCUCGGAGGAGAGGGAGACAGACCCUCUCUAACUUUAUACAGCUGUGGAGGGGAAGGGAUUGUCCUGCAGCACAACCCCUGGAAGCUCAGUGGCGAAGCUUCUGACAUCAACAAACUCAUCAGGGACACCAAUUCCAUCAAAUACAAAUUGCCUGUACACACAGAGAUCAGCUGGAAACCAGAUGGCAAAAUCCUGGCUCUUGGCAAUGAAGAUGGAUCAAUAGAAAUAUUUCAGUUUCCCAACCUGAAACUCAUCUGCACCAUCCAGCAGCAUCACAAACUUGUGAAUACGAUCAGCUGGCAUCACGAGCAUGGCAGCCAGCCAGAGCUGAGCUACCUGAUGGCCUCCGGCUCUAACAACGCAGUCAUUUAUGUGCACAAUCUGAAGACUGUUAUAGAGAGCAAUCCCGAGUCACCAAUAACCAUCACAGAACCCUACCGGACUCUCUCUGGGCACACAGCCAAGAUCACCAGACUGGCAUGGAGCCCGCAUCACGAUGGAAGGCUGGUAUCUGCUUCCUACGAUGGUACAGCCCAGGUAUGGGAUGCCCUCCGGGAAGAGCCACUCUGCAACUUCCGAGGACAUCGAGGUCGGUUGCUGUGCGUGGCUUGGUGCCCCCUAGAUCCUGACUGCAUCUACUCAGGGGCAGAUGACUUCUGCGUGUACAAAUGGCUCACUUCCAUGCAAGAUCAUUCCCGCCCUCCUCAAGGAAAGAAAAGUAUUGAAUUAGAGAAAAAACGACUCUCUCAACCUAAACCAAAGCCUAAAAAGAAGAAAAAGCCCAACUUAAGAGGACCUGUAAAGCAGGAAUUAUUGGACGGCACUGAAGAAGAAAGCCUGAAGGAGAACCUGGAGCCUGUGGAGAAUGGCGUGUCAGACCAAGAAGGGGAGGAGGAAGCCCAGGAGCCAGAACCGCCCAGGAGCCUCGGUUCAGAGGUUUCCAGAGAGCCAGCUGUCUGCACCUCAGUGUCCUCGGGCAAUGAAAAGUCUAAAGGUGCCAUAAUUAACAAAAUCUCCUUCCUGAAAAAGGAGCCACCUAAAGAGAAGCCAGAAGCCUUGAUCAAAAAAAAGAAAGCUCGGUCCAUGCUGCCCCUGAGCACAAGCCUGGAUCACAGACCCAAAGAGGAGCUGCACCAUGACUGCUUGGUUCUGGCGACGGCAAAACAUUCCAAAGAGCCCAGUGCGGAUGUAUCUGCUGAUCUGGAGGAAAGAUUUCACCUGGGGCUUUUCACAGACAGGGCUACCCUGUACAAAAUGAUUGACACCGAAGGAAAAGGCCACUUGGAAAAUGGCCACCCUGAGUUAUUUCACCAGCUCAUGCUGUGGAAGGGUGAUCUAAAGGGAGUCCUCCAGACCGCAGCAGAAAGAGGGGAGCUGACAGACAAUCUAGUGGCUAUGGCACCUGUAGCUGGCUACCAUGUGUGGCUGUGGGCCGUGGAAGCUUUUGCCAGACAGCUGUGUUUCCAGGAUCAGUACGUCAAGGCUGCCUCUCAUCUGCUUUCCAUCCACAAGGUGUACGAAGCUGUGGAGCUGCUCAAGUCUAACCAUUUUUACAGGGAAGCCAUUGCCAUUGCCAAGGCUCGGCUGCGCCCAGAGGACCCCGUCCUGAAGGACCUGUACCUCACCUGGGGAACCAUUCUAGAAAGAGAUGGCCACUACGCUGUGGCAGCCAAAUGCUAUUUAGGGGCUGCUUCUGCUUACGAUGCAGCCAAAGUUUUGGCCAAAAAGGGGGAUGCGGCAUCACUUCGAACAGCUGCAGAACUGGCUGCGAUUGCAGGAGAGGAAGAAUUGUCUGCUUCCCUGGCUCUCAGAUGUGCACAAGAGCUGCUCCUGACCAAGAACUGGGUGGGAGCCCAGGAGGCCCUGCAGCUGCAUGAAAGCCUACAGGCUCAGAGACUGGUAUUUGGCCUUCUUGAGCUACUGUCCAGGCAUCUGGAGGAAAAGCAGCUUUCAGAGGGCAAAAGCUCCUCUUACCACGAGUGGGCCGAAGGCACCAAAGGGCCGUUCACAGAGAGAGUGACAACAGUAUGGAAGACCAUCUUCAGCCUUGACACCCCAGAGCAGUAUCAGACAGCCUUUGAGAAGCUUCAGACCAUCAAAUACCCAUCUGCUACGAGCAACACUCCCUCCAAACAGGUCUUGCUUCACAUUUGCCAUGAUUUGACUUUGGCAGUGCUAAGCCAGGAAGUGGCCUCUUGGGAUGCGGCUGUGCAAGCACUGCUUCAGGCUGUGGUCCGGAGCUAUGACUCAGGGAACUUCACCAUCAUGCAGGAAGUACACUCGGCCUUUCUCCCUGAUGGCUGUGACUACCUACGAGACAAAUUGGGUGACCAUUCCCCCAUCACACCAGCCUUCAAAAGCUUGGAAGCUUUCUUCAUUUAUGGGCGUCUGUAUGAAAUCUGGUGGGCUCUCUGCAGUCCUUGCUCUGACUCCAGUGUCUCGGUGAGGGUCUGUCACAGGAGGACACCUGUUGAGCAAAGCCAAGAGGCAGAGAAUGCCAGUGCCGAGGAGGCAGACCCAGAAGCUGCUUCCCAGCCAGAGCCAAGCAGGCCUCCACAGCCAGACUUGAGACUCUCGGAAGAAAGUGAACGAGUGCUGAGUACCUGCCACGUGCUCUUUUCAGCACAGCAUGCCACCCUGCAAAGCUCCCAGAGGACUGUUGCUGAAGUCCAGGAGACUCUGGCAGAAAUGAUCCGCCAACACCAGAAGAGUCAGCUCUGUAAAUCCACAGCAAAUGGUCCUGAGCAGGACAGUCCUCAGCAGGAAGGAGAACAGUCCCACUCCAGUCCUCAGAGUCCAGGUGAAGAAGAAAAACAUGAGCCAGUUUCUCUGCCUGAAUUAACAAAGAGGCUUACAGAGGCAAAUGAAAAAAUGGCAAAGUUUCCUGAGAGUAUUAAGAAGUGGCCCUUCCCAGAUGUGCUGGAGUGCUGCCUCGUCUUGCUUCACAUUGGGUCCCAGUGUCCCAGCUGUGUGACCCAGGAAAUACAGCAACAAGCCCAAGAGCUCCUUAAAAAAUAUGGCAACUCUAAAGCUUACAAAAGAUACUGCCAGACCUUCUGCACAUGAACUUUGGAGGACUCUGAAGAAAUUGUGUCAAUUUUUAAAUGAUUGACACCUGUCAUCUCCUCUGCAGUUACACCUUGACAGACUGAUCCUAGGUGUGUAUGCGGCAAUCCAGAAUACACAUGAGAGUGGAGUCUGAACCGACUUCUUGUAAACAGUGCCAUCAGACUUUGGACUCAGGGGUAUUUUCCUACAGCAAGAAAGAUCAUGAAAAGCCAGCAGGGAUUCUCCAACACAUACAUGCAGAGUGAUGGUUGGUCAUCUCUAAAGCCUUAUGCUGGUUUCACCCAAAGAGGAGAAACUAUUGUGACUGCCCAUAGUGUUACAUUCUUACACAAGUGAUCUUUAUAAGUAUUUCAAAAAUUAUGUCAUUCUUGUCUAAGAUAAAAUCGCUGCAUUGUAUGACCACUGAUAUGGUUUUUUUGUUUUGUCUUCUUUUGCCUUUUUUUUUUUGGUUGUUAGCUCAGGUUCUUCCUCAUGGACCCUUUGAAAGACUGAAUGUGAAAAAGGCCUUAUCCAUCAUGUUGAUCUUGUACUUUCUGUCUGUGUAACAGGUUGAAAAUUUGUACCAGUUUUAUUUAA